AAUCAAAAGCCUAUUUGUAUUAACAAAAAUGGACUACACUUCCCACGCUGCUAAUUUACGUUGUUAUAGUCAUCGUUUUACUCGAUGCGAGUAUUUGCAUCGGUGCCUCUGAGAGGUUGUUAAAUUCCACGAAAGAUAAAUAAACAACUUUAACCGUAAUGGUUGUGGUUUAACAGCAUGGAGGUAAUCGAAACAAUUGUGAUACAGAGUACUGAAGUGGAAGGGAAGGAAACGGUCGUGUCCAGUGCGGACGCCGAUAAAUCCAAAGCAGAAUUUAUUUGGACACUGCAGGCUACAUGGCACCUUAUCAACACCCGGCUGGAAAUGGAUCAGGCUUUUGACCAGCCAGUUUGCAAGAAAAAGAAACUUUGGGAGAUGGUGGCAGAGAAGGUGAAUGCCAAACUGAGGGAGUCAGACGUCACAGAUGUCAUUGUGAAGGCAUACGAGUGUGAUCUCAAGUGGAGAAACAUGCUGGCCACGUACAGGAAGAACGCAGAGCGGGCCAAGAGGCUGGGGGCAACCAGUGUCCACUGGGAGUUCUUCAAGGCCAUGCACGAGGUCCUGGGCAAGAGCAGGGAGGAGAUCGAAGCCCAGCGCAGAGCCAAGCUCAGUGGGACGAAGGUGGGCAAGGCCAUAGCCAGCAAGAGGUUUACCCCUAUCCUCCCCACACCUCCCGCAACAGCUACUCCCUGCCCUGCACGGCCUCCACAGGACAUCCUGCAGCUGUACAUGGAGCUACAGGAGAGGAAGAUGAACAUGUGGGCCCAGCAGAAAGCCCUGGAGGAGAGGAAGAUAGAGGCCAUCAACAACCUGGCCCAGGCCAUCUCCAACCUGGCUCAGAAGAACAGCACAGAGAUGUCAAAGGAUGGACAUUAGAGCUGAAGACAUGUGAAGUGGAUCUAAACUUCCUACCAAAACCUUUUAUAAUACUGCACAGAGAGAACUUUUUGAGUAUUUUUGUAGGAUACGUUUUUAGAUUGGUCAUGUUGGCACAUUUGUACUCCUACAGUUUAUAGAAUAGUUUGGCCAGUCUGAAUUCUGUAGAGCUGAACACAACGCAUUUCUGCAUAAACUGAAAACACAACAGUUCAGAUAAGGAGACACAUGAGACAUGUACUCACAUAUCAUGCCCUGGGCAGGUCUUAUUUAUACCGCAUUAGAUUACAUGCCUCCUCAAAGCUCCUGAUGACCCAAUAGAUGCAAUCUGCCCUUAUUUUUAUACCAAAAUAGAAUAAUUAAUUAUAGUCGGUUGAGGUUGGAGAGUGAAAAAAACUAAAAUAUCACACACAAAUUAGAUUAAUACAGACGUCCUACCAUCACUGUACCAGUUGUUGAUAUUAAACUCUCGUGACCUAUGCACAAGUAGAAAAUAUAUUUUUUUAAGUGUACAAACUGAAACAAUCAGAAACAAGCUAACAGAAAUGAUCAGUGAUACGAACACGAUCAUUGAGAGGUCAGAAGAUUUGAACUUCAUAUAUUUCAGUUAAAACAAUACAAACGUUUAUACUGAUAAUUAUUAUUGUUAUGAAGUAUCAAUAACUGUAUUCAUAGGCAUGCUGGUACAAUGUUAAUGUAUUAAUAAAAUACACUUUGUUUAUCAGACAGUAUGAACAACUUCACAAUGUAAUGUGUUCCACUAAACAACCCUGCAAUAAACACUACCUUUGUGAAUUUUUUUCCA